CCACGGGACGCUGCUCCGGCAGAUCCACCAGUCACCUUGCACAGCUCGCUCCCACGCUCGGCUCAUCAGCUCUCCACGGAGUAAACCCUGGAUUUAUGAAACCAUCACUGAGCAGUUUUGCCCCUCUGGAGGGUGCUGCAAGAGGUCUGUCUUCGACACUUCUGCAGCAGCAUCGACCCACAGCCUUGGAGCUCAGGAUUAAACAGACAGAGAGGGGAAAGGAGCCAUGUUCCAGGCCACGGGAGCCACCAGCCCAGCCCCAGCUCAUGAGGCCAAAACCAGCUCAGGAGGCAGCACAGUGCAGCGCUCCAAGUCCUUCAGCCUGAAGGCGCAGGUGAAGGAGAUGUGCACUGCCUGCCAGAAAACUGUGUAUCCCAUGGAACGGCUGGUGGCUGAUAAAUUCGUCUUCCACAACUUCUGCUUCUGCUGCAAGCACUGCCACACCAAGCUCAGCCUGGGCAGCUACGCCGCGCUCCAUGGGGAAUUCUACUGCAAGCCCCACUUCCAGCAGCUCUUCAAGAGUAAAGGCAACUAUGACGAAGGCUUCGGGCGCAAGCAGCACAAGGAGCUGUGGGUGCACAAGGAGGUGGAGAGCGGCACCAAGUCAGCGUGAGCGGGGCCAGUCCCGCUCCGGAGCCCGCGGAGCCAGAGGAGCUGAGCCGGGCUGACUGAGCUGAUGUAGAGCAGGACCUGGGGCAGGGCAGAGGGGGAGCCCCUCUUUGGAGGGUGCUCAGGGGGGUCCUGCAGGCCCUAAGGACAGGGCAGAGGUGACCAGGGUGCAGCCCCCAGACCUGGAGCCCUCUCUCUCUGCAGGCCCUUCUCCCCAGUGAGACCAGAGCAGAAGCAAUUGCCCCCAUGGGACCCCCAGCCCUGUUGAUCCAUUUCGGGCCUGUCACCAUGGAAAAGGGAUGAGCUGGGGGCUCAUCCAGCUUGUGAGCCACUGCAGAGAUCCCAGCUCCACCACACCAGCCCUGCUGGGGCUCUGGAUAAGGAGGGUCCUUGGUUUACAUCAGCUCAGUUCAGCUGGGAUGGUUCAGCCUUAAGGAUGUUGCCCUGCCACGGUUUAAGUGUCUGUUUUUUAUAUUUGCCUUCCAUUGGUACGUUCUGCGCUGGAGCCUGCGGCAGCUUCACCUGCGCGCCUUUAUUUUUGUAAUACAAGGUUUCCCAGCC